AUGGAGCCCGGGUUGAAACCCAAUGUUGUUGUUGCCCAGAACAUGGAGACGUUGGCGAUGGCAUCCCCCAACUUGGACCGGCCGACAAUGAUUACGCCCGGGGCGGCUGGGCCGAAAACAGACUUUCCGCUCAGGGAGAAGCGACACUGCUGGGAAUGCAUGCGUCGUAGGUUGGUGUGUGACUCUGCACCUGGUGCUUGCAACAAGUGCAAAACAAGGGGAGUCGUGUGCCCUGGAUACGACGACAAGAAGCCCUUGCGGUGGCUCACGCCUGGCAAGGUCAAGUCAAAGCCUCGCCGCCCCAAGAAUGCUCCUGAACCAAAGCCGGUAUCGAAAAAGUCGUCGAAAGAAAAGGCACAAACCAAUGAUGAGUCCACGAUCCCCGUUGUAGACAUGGCGCAGGGUGCCGUUGAACGGUACAAGUGGCAGAACGAUGUCUCCGAUAUCGUGCAGGCGGUUGCGUUCUACAAUAACUGGAUAUAUCCGGCUUGGGACUCUACCCGCGAGAUAGCCUCGACGAGCUGGAUAACGCCUCUGCCCUUGGGCGUUUUGAAUGGGGUCGAGCCAGCCAUCUCGCACAGUCUGACCUUUUGUACACUAUCAUAUCGAUUCACGCAAUUGUCUUCUCCAACUUCUAUCGGUCGCAUGGAAGAUGAUCAACUUGCUAUAGCGACUAAAAUGUACUAUCACAGGUGGGUAACCCUAGUACUAUCCUUACUCUUGUACCCCAUAUUGCAUGGAUCGACUGCAAGCAAGGCACGUGGCCGAGCGGCAUACAUGCGUCCGUUUGAUGUAACCAGGAUCGGACGAGGACACCCUCCUCAGGUACAUUCUAGAGAGGCUGUCUCGGCUGUCACUAACUUGAUCUUGGCGUUUACUAGGGAUAUUGCCGUUCGGGCCCUGAGUGAAGCCCUUAGCGACCCCAAGCGAAAGACGAAUAACGUGACGCUCCUCGCUGUUUUUAUAUUUCUAAUGGUGGAUAUUGCACAAGCCAGGAUGAACUGGCGUCACCAUUAUGAUGGUCUCGCAACAUUGAUUCGAAUAAGGGGCGGCCUGACGAAAAACUUAUUGCCGGAUCCGUACCAUACCAUCGUUAUGGCGUACUACUUUGUGACUGGAGUGAUUGGCAACACCACCAGUCCAGCCCACGAUCUAGCCGAGCCAUUCAUGUUCAUCGACAACAUGGACAUGAUAGCAGAAUACUACGGCGACGGCCGUUUUCCCACGCUCAUGUGUCCUCCUGACAUGUUCCUCAGCAUCGCCCGAGUCAACCACCUGCGCGCCCAGGCCGCCCAGCCCAUUGCGUCCCAGGUGCAGACACUCAAGCCGCGCGCAGAGGCGCUCGUCAAGCAUAUUGACGACUUCCAGCCCGAGGACUGGGCCUACUCGCUCGGCAGCAGCGAGCAGGAGAAUCUGCUACUGCUCGCGCGCAUCUACCAGUCCGCCACCAUGGUCUUUUGCCUCUCGUCGCUCCAGAGCGUCCGCGUGCUGCCGCGCUCCGCGGCCGUGCAGACCUGCAAGGCCAGACACCACCAGCGACUCCUGCAAGACCUCCGCGAGGGCUUGUGUAAGAGAUCCCUCAGGUUCCGAGAUGUCCUAAUCAAGUGCAUUAUGUGGCCGCUAAUGAUUGCCGGGACCGAGCUGCGCAACGGCAGCCUCGCUGAUCGGAACUUUAUCGAACGGGAACUCGAGAACAUGUCCCCAACCAUUGGCUCGUACUUGCCCGUCUAUGCCCUGUCGCUAAUCAAGCGGUUCUGGCAGUCGGAUGAAGUGGAAUGGGAUGAGUGCUUUGACGAACCACGAGCGUUUGUCACUUGA